AGCGAAGAAGAUAUUUUUCAUCUCUCUCUUACUCUUUCUGUCUUCUAAUAUUUUUUAUAACCUCUGAAAUUCUCUCUCCCUCUAUCAUCAUCAUCAUCAUCCACUUUGUUGCAUCCGCUCCGCUACAAAAAGCGCCCGCGCCCAAUCCCCGCUCCCUGCUCCCUUCACUUUCCUCGACCCUUUCACUUUCAUUUCAAUUCUCUCCACUCACCUCCCUUGACCCUCAGAUCGAACAAUCCCAUCUUCUCCUAUUCUAAUCUCAAUUUGACUGGCAGGUGAUCCGAGACAGGUAAACAGUACACAGUCAUCAGAUCUAAAGGGUAUAAUACAUAUCGCUCGAAACGAUGUCGUUUACUGGUACCCAACAGAAAUGCAAGGCUUGUGAGAAGACCGUGUAUCCCAUGGAACUUCUAUCAGCAGAUGGGGUUGCUUACCAUAAAUCUUGCUUCAAGUGUUUUCACUGCAAAGGCACGUUAAAGCUAAGCAAUUAUUCAUCAAUGGAGGGUGUAUUGUACUGUAAGCCUCACUUUGACCAGCUGUUUAAGGAGACCGGUAACUUCAACAAGAACUUUCAGUCGCCUGCAAAGUCAGCUGAGAAGUUAACUCCUGAACUGACAAGGUCACCUAGCAAAGCUGCUGGUAUGUUUUCAGGGACACAAGAGAAGUGUGCUACUUGCGGUAAAACUGCUUAUCCGCUUGAGAAGGUAACAGUGGAGAGCCAAGCCUAUCACAAGUCAUGUUUCAAGUGCUCUCACGGUGGCUGUGCUAUAACACCAUCAAACUAUGCAGCGCUUGAGGGUGUAUUAUAUUGCAAACAUCACUUUUCUCAACUUUUCAAGGAAAAGGGCAGCUACAACCAUCUGAUCAAGUGCGCAUCAAUGAAGCGAGCAGCUGCUCCUGUGCCGGAGGCUUAAACAUCUCUUCCUUAAUUUGAUAUCUACUCGUGUGGCUUUAUCUACUGUUCAGUGUGUUUUCCUUCCAAACCCUUCGAUUUCCAUUGGAAGGGGUAGGCAAAACUUGGUUCUGCUUUCUUUCUUUUUUUAAAAAACUUCUCCCUUCAGCUCUCAGCGAGCAUGUUUGUCGUGUUUGAUUGAUAGAUGGGUUUCAAACUCCCAAAAUUGUAAAAUGACUGGAGGAAUUUCAAUUGCAAAUAUUGGAUGCUAUUAGUGCU